AAGUCACUCUGGACUUGGACUGCAUUCAGGAUGUUCUUGGUGCAGCUGUCUUCCUGCAGAUGGUGCCUGUGGUGGAGCUUUGUGAGGAGUUCCUGAAAUCAGCCAUGAGUGUUGAAACUUGUCUUAACAUCGGCCAGAUGGCCACCACCUUCAGCCUCUCGUCCCUUAAGCAGUCAGUCGAUGCGUUCACAUUCCGUCACUUCCUGCAAAUAGCUCAGGAGGACGACUUCCUUCACAUUCCAAAGGAACGACUGGUUUUCUUCCUUCAGAGCAACAAGUUGAAGAACUGUAGUGAGAUCGACUUGUUCCACGCAGCAAUCCGCUGGCUGCAGCAUGACGCAUCCAGACGAGCUGCGGCCAGUGAAGUUGUCUGCCACGUGCGCUUCCCGCUAAUGCGGUCGUCUGAACUUGUGGACAGUGUCCAAUCUGUCGACAUCAUGGUGGAGGAUGUGCAGUGUCGACACUUUCUUCUAGAGGCCUUUAAUUAUCAAAUCCUUCCAUUCCGACAGCACGAAAUGCAGUCUCCGCGAACUUCCAUUCGUUCAGACGUCAAGUCGCUAAUUACUUUCGGUGGAACACCCUACACCGACAACGAUCGGACAGUCAGCAGCAAAGUUUUCUAUCUACCCGACAUCACAGUGCGACAGUUCAAAGAGUUGACCGAAAUGGAGAUGGGAUGCAGCCAUGCAUGUGUGUCGGUUCUUGACAAUUUUGUGUACGUCGUGGGUGGGCAGCAUUUACAGUAUCGCAGUGGAGAGGGUGCAGUUGACGUCUGCUUCCGCUAUGACCCCCAUCUGAACCAGUGGCUUCGAAUCCAACCCAUGCAGGAAAGCCGCAUUCAGUUUCAGCUCAACGUACUGCAUGGACAACUUUACGCUACUGGGGGGCGCAACAGGUCUGGCAGCUUGUCCUCUGUAGAGUGCUAUUGUCCAAGGCAAAAUGAAUGGACUUAUGUGGAUUCCCUGAAGAGGAGAAUCUGGGGUCACGCCGGAGCGACGUGCAGAGAGAAACUCUACGUCUCUGGAGGUUACGGGGUGUCUAUAGAGGAUAAGAAAACUCUCCAUUGCUAUGAUCCAGCCUUGGAUCAGUGGGACUUCAAGUGUCCCAUGAACGAGCCAAGAGUCCUGCAUGCUAUGAUCAGUGUAAACAACCGUAUAUAUGCACUCGGAGGCAGAAUGGACCACGUUGACCGCUGCUUUGAUGUUCUAGCUGUAGAGUACUACGUUCCAGAGACCGAUCAAUGGACAACAGUCAGUCCGAUGCGUGCUGGUCAGUCGGAGGCUGGCUGCUGCCUGCUGGAUAAAAAGAUCUGUAUAGUUGGAGGAUACAACUGGCACCUCAAUAACGUCACAAGUAUUGUGCAAAUUUAUAACACCGAGACAGAUGAGUGGGAAAGAGAUCUUCAUUUUCCAGAAUCUUUUGCAGGAAUAGCUUGUACACCUAUCAUACUUCCUCAAACAACUACCCAGCGCUAAGCACAUACUGUCUUACAUUUGCUGUUUUUGAGAAUGUGAAGCAUCUUUCUACACACUUCUCAAGCAGUAUGCUGUCUUUGGCCCUUCAUGUAGAUUGACCCGUUUCAUAGUAAUGAGGGUUUCAUACAAGUGCCUGUGGGAUUUGCAAUGAUGACAGAUUUGAAUGGGCCAGCAACACAACAGGAUUUAUGGCCUGUUCUCACUGGUGUGGUUUAAUGACACGAAAACAAACUAUUCACAAGCAAUUUUUAUAACUAAACUAUCCAAAUUUCUGUCGUUUUCUGAAAUUUUGGAUAGCUGAAUAAAUUGGUUGAAAAAAAAUUGUCUCUGGAAUAGUGGAGGCAGAACUUUGAAUUGUGAUAUUUUGAAUUUGGUCCGCUAGCUACAAUUUGGACAACAUUGUCCUCUUUGCCAGCACUUCCUUAUAGGUUGAAAAGAUUGAACCUGUUUCCUAAUUGGCAUGUUGAAACCAUGAAGCAUCUUCUCAAGAAGUAAAGCUGGCUCUGGCGAUUAUAGAUUAAUAUAAAACAGUAGGCCUGAUCUAUAUGUUGGACUUUUCGGGUGAAUCCAUGUUUGUUUUGUGAUAAUUUGUACAAAACAACAUACACCACUAGGAAUAUUUAGUGGCAGGUGUAUUAAUAUUAAUAUAUUUUGUGAUGCUGUAUUAACCUAUUUUGUGACAACUACAUGAUAUUAGUUAUCCUUUUAUCAAAAUUCUCAUUUUUGAAUGGUUUUGUAUUAGAAAUUAUUUCAGAAAUCGUAACCACCACAAAGAAGCAGUGGAGGUAAAAAUUCUCAUGACUCAAUGUUGUCCUUUUAAACAUUAAGGAGACAUU